GAACAUUCAGUCGCCCGCGCGUAUUCUACGAGGCGCUUGUAUCUGAAUACAAUUGCGCGCGCGCAUGCUUCCUAUAACCUUUCGGACUCGCCGGUAUUUACGACCAACGUUAGUUCGCCAACAAAUACAAUCUCCACUCUCAAGUGCACAUACAAUACAAACUAUGCAGAAAUUCUUGACGUAUUCGAUCACUGCCAAAUAGUGCUAAAGGAUUAACCAGAGCGAUUUUACAAAGUUUGAGAUGUUGGGGUGACUCGACGAGCAUGCGUUGGAUGAUCUGUUGGCAGGUUCUGGUCGCGCUGCAUUCGCUACCACCCACCAAUGGACAAACGCCUAGUCCCACCUUAUGUAAUGAUGACGCAUGCCGAUGCGACUCUUUCACGAGAGUUAUAUGCAAAUGCUCUCAAUCUUCCGUGGAGGUGACUCUGAGACCGAAUGGCGCCUUUCGAGUACCAUCUAUGGCCACAGCAAUUACUAUCGACGGCUGUGCAAAGGUGCAGUUCCUACCAGAGACCGUGGGAAAUCUGACUCAACUGAGAACAGUGCAGCUGAAGAAUAUUGAUUACAUAGUGAUAAGCGAACGUGGCUUAGCUUGGUCACCGUUCAGUCGACACAGUGACAUGGAGCCCGGUAUAAGAAUUACUAUAGAGAACAGUACAGUUGACGAAAUAUCCUCACAUGCAAUUCAGGGGCGAGUCAACGAUAUUAUCAUUAGUGAUAGUAGAAUUAAUAAUUUGAGACCAUUCGCGUUUUCUAGUCUCACAGGUUUGAAAAAUGUGGAACUUAACAAUAAUGAGUUCAAAAAUAUUGACAUUCAGACAUUCAAAAAGUUCAGUGUGUCGAAUUUUGUGGUUCGCGGUGGUAAGAUAGACACAAUGCCGAGUAGAUUCUUGUCCGACGUAGAAAUUACUAACUUAUUUAGACUAGACAGUGUUAACAUAAAUUAUUUAUCUAGUUUGACAUUUCUUGUCAGUUCACCAAAGAGAAUUUUAGUAGAAAAUAAUUUAAUAGGGACUCUAGAAGGUGAUGGUUUUCAUGUAAUUUCAACAGGUCCAAUUACAUUUAGGAACAAUAGUAUAAGUAAUCUUAGAAAGGGUGCUCUUCUAGGAUUCACGGUUGAUGCUGAAGUCCUAUCGACGAUGGGAAAACAAGAAUUGUUAAUUGAUAACAACACGAUAACAAAUUUGUCUCCGGCUUCAUUGAUAUAUAACAUGUCAUCGCUUACCUUGCGAAUUGACGGCAUGAAUUUAAACACCACAUGUUCUUGUGAGAUUGCUGACGAAUGGCGAGAAAUAUAUGAGCAUGGGGCUAUUAUUAACUGCUGGUAUGACUUAGAAGGGCAUUUUAUAUCGAUACCAACAUAUGUAACCAUUCGAUGUGGCUCUUUCAAAAACAAUUAUUGGAUAUUUAUUGUGAUCGCUGUUGUAGUAGUAGUUUUGAUAGUUGCUAUCGUUUUAUAUUUUGCAUUGAAACAUGAGAAUGAGAAGAAAAAGAAAUUACAGAUCGUAUUACCAGAUGGAAAAACCUAUAGGGAAACAGAGUUUCACAUAGUCGUAGAAAGAGCUGAACUACUCACAACUGAACUGUGAUUCUUGCGUUACGUUUAUUGUUUUGCUUCCUUUAAGGCAUCGAGUCAAUAAUCGAGAGUUGAGACAUUGAUAAGCGGCAGUGGGGCUGAAUUAUUAUUGGGGGUUUGAUCCUUAAUAGAGCUUGGUGUCGAGAAAUUUACGACUAUAAUACGACUGCUCCCUUAUUAACGAACACUGCAGUUAUAGACGUUAUCAGACAUAUGGGUUUAAAGUUGAGCUAAGAGGUUGCGCGACGAUUCAAAAAAAGUAAGAUAGAUAGAUACGAUGGCUUACAAAUCCUUGUGUUUGCAUUACACAUACAUUCCUCUAACCAACUGCCUUGUGCUACCUCAACUUAGAUAAUAAAGUGCCAAUUAUAAUUAAGUUGAUCAUCAGUAUUAUGUGGUAAACAAAUAUAUUCCUAGACAGAUUAGUCCUAUACUUAUGAAAUAUUUGUAAUUAAUUUAAUAAAUAUUAUGACUUA